AUGAUCGACAACGAUCGCCUGAUGGGGUCUAUCCUCGCUGCUCAGCCUGAAAUCCAGCUGGACUUUGACCUGAUCGCCGAGCUCUACGGACCAGGUGUCACCGCGCGCACCAUCCAAAGCAAGAUGAACAAACCCCGCCGCAUUGGCGAGACCUUGCUCGCCGUCCACAACAGCAAGGUCGAGACUGGUGAGGUCCCAGACCGUAACAAGAGUGCCUGGAUCCGAGAGAACGCUCAGAAUGAGGCUCGGGUUGUUGAUUCUCUGGCCAAACUGGGAAAUGUUAAGAACUACCUCGGCCGCGAGAAGAACCUCAUGGAGUCCCUUCCAGCUGAUUUGCCCGUCUUCCGCAGCAAGAAGAGAAAGACCGAGCGCGCAGCUCGCAUCUCUGAGUUUCUUGCCAACACCGACAACCCAGACCUUCAGCAAAUUGACGUCGUCGACCUCUCUUCCGAUCCUGAGGAUUUGGCGAAGAACAAGCAUACCAUGAAGGCUGACCACAUGUUGAAUGAUCGCGUUGUUAGGCCCCCCUGGACCAUGUCUGACUGGCCAGCACAGUCUGGUUGGCAAGGAAAGCGUGAACUUGGUGCUCAUUCUAACCAAGCUGUUCCUUCAAACUGGGCUGCCCCCUCACAGCAGGAUACCCAGGAUGCAUACUCCGUCACCUGGAAUGCACCCCCCGGCCGAGAGGUAAAGGAUAACUGGAAUGGACAGCGCAGCUGGCAUGGAGGGUCCAACCAGGACAUCCAGUCUGGUUCUGGCACACUGCCUGACUGGGGCACUGAGAACUACCAGAACGCAGGUAACAAACGCCAUGCCCGGCGUCUUUCCCGCUGGGACGAUCCUGGUGGAGUUCCUCAGGUGCAGCAACCAACUGGGCAUGACUACGGCUGGACCGACACUUCCACUAUCAAUCAAAGCCGCAACCCCAUCAGCUUCAUGGGAAGCAGAUUGCCUACUAUUUGGCACCAGCCUGGUCGGCAGUUUGCUCGGUCCGUCAGCCAGCAGAACGAAGAGAAUGAACGCAACGAUUGGUGA